AAAAAAAACACAGCAAGGAAAUAUCGCGGUAGUAAGAGAGAGGCCAGCGGAAGCUUGUCUAUCGUUUGGAGGUUGUGGGCGUUCUACUGUUAAGCGGCCGGUUUUCUGAUUCAUCACUCAAAACUUGUGCUGUGUGUACACACUCGUCUCUCAGUCGCUUUUCACGGCCAUUUUAAUCCAUUUUUCCUGAGGGAGACGCUAGCUUGGAAAAUACUCAUCAGCAGCAGCCAUGUUGGUUAUGUCCGUUUUAUUGAAAGUGGCCCUUGGUCUGUUGAUCGGGGCGGCGGUGUGUCAGCUCCUGGGCUUUGCCUGCCCCUACUGGGUGUCUUGGUCCGGUUUCCAUUAUGGACUCUGGCAGUCCUGUACGACAAGAUGCUAUGAUACCUAUGGUGGGGGAGCUAUGGGCGCGGUCCGCGCGUUUGAGACCAUUGCCUUCAUCCUGUUGGUCAUUAUCCUGAUCCUGCUCCUAGUCCACAUCUGUGCCAGCCCUAACCUCCAGCUCGUCCUAGUCUCCGCUAUAUGCGCCUUUGUAGCAGCGGGCCUGAUCAUCAUAGGAAUUCUGAUAUUUGUGAUAGACCAAAACCGCAGUAACCUGUCCUGGGCCUUCGUCCUCUGUAUCAUUGCCGCCAUCCUCGCGGUAAUCGGCGGAAUCCUGCUGAUCGUCGACCGACGCUCCCACGUGAUCAUCAUUGGCGGAUCCAGCGGGGGUGCGGUCAGAACCACCCGUACCACCACCACCGUAACAGUGGUCAGAUAAAUCCGCUCUUAGGUAGAUCCGCUCCACAGAGGGCUUCAGACCAUUAGACUGACUAGUGUACUAACAUUAAACAUCAAACUGCUGAUUUAUGCGUGCCACUUGGUAUCCUAAAAAUGUAAAACCGACAGAGUUGUCGCCCCUGCAAUUCCCACGUGCCCCCAAAAUACUAGUAUACCCACGUACCCCCCAGAAUAUACUAGUAGUCUGCAGAAGAUUUUUAAUCGAGUUCAUAGAUUUGAAAUAUGAAGUUCACAUGUAAAAAUGUGUUCCCUAUAUUAUAUGAUGACACAUUGUUAGAUUUAUUAUCUCAAGUUUUGCCUGCCUUACGUGCAUGUAUACCAGUAUAUCAAUUGCUGACAUCAAAUUUUAAUUGAGAAUAGAAUCUUUUAAGAAGUGCACUUAAAGACUGAAAAAAAAAAUUAUGCAUAGUAAGGAAAUCUUUCCAGAAAUUUACAUUUGAAUGCGCGGUUUUUAUGUUGUUUAUUCUCGGGUUUUACAAGAACUGUGGGAUUUACUAUACUGCAUGCUCAAAACUUCAUUACAUCUAAUUUAACGUCCCUAAGUAUAUCCUCGCUUUGCGGUGCCUAUAUUAACCAAAAAAGCCUUAAGAUAAUUAUAUCAUUGUAUUUUUUAUGUUUUUGUAAUGUAUUUUAGAGUUUUUAUUUUACAAUAUUACAGAAUUAGACUUAUCAUACAUAUA